UUCCUUUUGUCCUCUCCCGCUCUCUCUCUCUCUUUCUCUCUCUCCAAACACAGAGCAGAGUAGAGCAGAGUAGUGUAGAGGGAGAGAAAUAUAUAGAUCUACGAGAACAAAGUAGAGAUACAUAGAGUGAGAAAGAGAGUGGAGGAAGAAAGAGGCUCACCGGCGACAAUGGCGGCGGCGGCGGAGGUGUCGGCGGCGCGGCGAUGGCUCCCAUUGGUGGCUCUCGGCCUCCUCGUGCUCCUCGCCGGAGGCAUCGGCUGGAUCGGCGCCGAUAAGCUCUCCUCGCCGAGGGUUUUGGGAGGAGCGGCGAGGUCGAGGAGGAGCUUGAGAGCUACGGCGAGGGCGGUGGCGAAUGAGACGUGGUUAACGGAUACGAGGGUCGGGCGAGAUGUUGUGGUGGGCGCGGUCGAUGAUCCCGAGUUGGUCGCCUCCGAGGUCCGCAAGGCGAUCAACAAGAGCAGCAGCAGCAGCAGCGGUGUGCGGCGGCGGGAGCUGGGAUACCUGUCGUCGUGCGGGACGGGCAACCCGAUCGACGACUGCUGGCGGUGCGACCCGCAGUGGCACCACCACCGGAAGCGCCUGGCAGACUGCGGCAUCGGCUUCGGACGCAAUGCCGUGGGCGGCCGCAACGGGCGCUUCUACGUGGUCACCGACCCGAGCGACGACGACCCCGUCAACCCCCGCCCGGGCACUCUCCGCCACGCCGUCAUCCAGGACAAGCCCCUCUGGAUCGUCUUCAAGCGCGACAUGGUCAUCACCCUCAAGCAGGAGCUCAUCAUGAACAGCUUCAAGACCCUCGACGGCCGCGGCGUCGACGUCCACAUCGCCGGCGGCGCCUGCAUCACCGUCCAGUUCGUCACCAACAUCAUCAUCCACGGCCUCCACAUCCACGACUGCCGCCCCACUGGCAACGCCAUGGUCCGCAGCUCCCCCUCCCACUACGGCUGGCGCACCAUGGCCGACGUCAUGGGCUCCACCGCCAUCACCAUCUCCAACAACUACUUCACCCACCAUAACGAGGUGAUGCUAUUGGGUCACAGCGAUUCCUACGCAAGGGACAAGGCAAUGCAGGUGACCAUCGCAUUCAACCACUUCGGCGAAGGCCUCAUUCAGAGGAUGCCCAGGUGUAGGCACGGCUACUUCCAUGUGGUGAACAACGACUACACUCACUGGGAAAUGUAUGCCAUCGGUGGAAGUGCCGAUCCGACCAUUAAUAGUCAGGGCAACCGAUACCUCGCCCCGACCAACCCCUUUGCCAAGGAGGUGACGAAGAGGGUCGACACAGACGAGAGCAUGUGGAAGAGCUGGAACUGGAGAUCAGAGGGCGACCUCCUGCUGAACGGUGCCUACUUCACUCCCUCAGGUGCUGGGGCCUCUGCGAGCUACUCGCGAGCCUCCAGCCUCGGCGCCAAGUCCUCCUCAAUGGUCGGCACCAUCACUUCCGGAGCUGGCGUCCUCAACUGUCGCAGGGCUUCUGUUUGCUAAAACACGAACGAAUCCUUUCAAAACAAGAUUUUAUUCAACAAUGCUUAAAUAGUGUUUUUUUUUUUUUUUUUUUUUUUCCUGGUCUUUUUUCAUUUUCUGUUUACUACACGGUCAGUUAUAUCCGUUUUCACCAUCCUCAACCUCCCCCUGCUUUCCACUGUAAUAUCUGUGCGAAGCAGGCGCGAAGCGUUGCUGAUUUCUUCUUCGUUGUUGCGCAUCCUUCAAGUAUGUUUAGGGUCAUAUAUGGCUUUGGGUGCCAUAGAUCUUAUUUUUUUACUCUAUUUUCUUCUUUCUUCUCGAUACAUGUGUGUCAUCGAUUUCGAUUGGGUAUUGUUGUAAUGGAUGCAAAGUUAUCUUCAGUAAAGGGAAACAGUUUAACCUGUAUUAUCUGUA